UUCGUGUUAAUUUGUUAUUCGAUUUCGUGCAACUCAGAUCAAAACAAAACAACGUGUGUUUCGGGGAGGAUAUUUUCUCGAAGACAUUAGUUUAAAUUUUUGCGAUUUUUGCUUCAUUAUAAAUAAUAAAAAUGCCGCAGCGUAAAAAGAUCAAAAUUAGCUCCGCCAAACGUGGUCACCAUGAGAAGCAUAAGAAAAAUUUUGCCAAAACAAAAAAGACCCUGCACCGGGAGAAGCAGAUCAGUAGUAACAUUUUCCGGGCAAAGAAUGUGACCAAAAAGAUAGCAAGUGCUGCAGUAAAAAAGCCGGCUUCGAAUGGUCACCACAACGCCGUGUUGACUGCGACGGAGCCAUCCGUCGAAGACAUUUGCGAUAUGAUGGAUAGUGUGAGCGAAUGUUCGGAAGUCGGUUCAGAACACGCAACAGCUGUUUUAGAGGAAUCGGCUGAUUCUGCUAUGGAAGAUGAUCUACUCGAUGAGGGCAACGCCGAUAUGAAGAAUCCAACGGAGAGGCUUGAGGAUGAAUAUCAAAUGCAGAUGAGUGGCCACGUAAACUACAUCGGGGAAACUAAGGACUUGCUUCCCAUCAAGACGAAAAAAGGUGGCAUCGUCAGUCGGAGCGCUGAAAUCAAGCCCGGGAAAUUAUUGCCGAAUAAAACGAUAGAAAAAGAGGAACCCGAAACGGAUUCUCCAGAAUCGGCAGUUGUUCCGCCGGUAGUGGUUCAGCAAAAGAGCGAAGUUACCACAACAGAUUUGCUCACAGAAAGAGAGGAAGAAAUUGAACGGCAAAAGUUUUUAAUCGGAGUGACAUGUGCAUCGAUAUUGGAAAACCCCGAGACCAAGAUAAAGAACUUGACCAUGCUGGUGGACCUUAUCCCGGAGACGACGCAAAGCGGUAAAACGAAUAUGUUUAUCAUCCGCAAGCUUGCAAUGAUUUCGUUGGUAGAAGUUUUCAAAGAUAUUGUUCCUGAAUAUCGGUUGGGAAUAAUCGAUACAGCUGCUCAGAAAUUGAAGAAAACAACGUUGGCUCGGGUUAGCUAUGAAAAUGAACUUUUACAGCAGUACAAAAAGUUUCUAGUUCAUUGCGAAGGAUUCGCCCAGCAGUUAAAGCGCAGCCGGAAGCUAAGCAAAGGAGAGUUUGCCGAGAAGCAACAGAUUGCGGAAGUUGCAGUGCAAUGUAUGUGUGAUCUGCUGCUGGCCCAUCCGUACUUUAACUACAGCAUGAACAUCGGGCAAAUGCUGGUAACGAUGCUGAAUAGUGACCAGGAGAAUGUUCGGAAGCAAGUGCAUUCGUGCUUCGUUUCGAUUUUUAAGACCGAUUCCCGUUUCGAUAUGUGCAAGCAUAUCGUGCGACAUAUUAAUCAGCUGGUUAAGAAGAAAGAUCAUGGCGUUCAUCCAGAAAUGGUGUCCUGUUUAAAGUACCUCCAGAUUAAGGACGUGAAUAUUAAUGCAGAGAAGGAGAAGGAGCUAAAGAUGAAAAAGCUUGAGGCGCACAAGUCACGAGUGAUCAAUAUGUCGCGUCAGGAGCGAAAACGGAAAAAGAAAUUAGCCGAAUUGGAAAAGGAACUGUUCGAAACAAAAGCGGAGGAGAGCAAGCAGGUUCAAAUGAAGAAAUUAACCGAUAUCACGAAGUUGGUAUUUACGAUAUUCUUCCGGAUAUUGAAAACUGCUCCCAAUUCAAGGCUUUUGAGUUGUACGCUUGAGGGACUUUCGAAGUUUGCUCACACCAUUAACAUUGAGUUCUUCUCUGAUUUGAUCGAAGUGUUGAACAAUCUGUUGGUGCACGCUGAUUUGGGACAUCGCGAACAGUUGCACUGCAUUCAAACUGUAUUCACUAUACUCAAAGGUCAAGGUGAAGUCCUGAACAUCGAUCCGGCAAGAUUCUACACCCAUCUGUAUAAAAAUUUAUUGAGUGUUCACGCCGGCAAAAGUCAUCACGAUUUGGAAUCAAUAUUGGCAACGUUGGAUAGUGUUCUUCUAAAACGACGGAACAACAUCACCUAUCAUCGGUAUUUGGCAUUCAUCAAGCGGUUAGCUUCUUUGUCACUACAGCUGCUGCACAAUGGGGCCUUAGGAUCGCUUGGUGUUGUUAGAACCGGAAUGCUUCUUAACACAUCAUUAGACAUUCUGUUGGACACCGAAUCUGUGAUUGGAUCCGGAGUGUAUGAUCCCGAAGUUGAGGAACCCGAGUUCAGUAAUGCAAACUGCACGAGUCUCUUUGAACUAACGGCGUUGCACCGGCACUAUCAUACCACCGUCCGGAGAUUCGCUAAUAACAUCGCUAAUGGUGUCCCUAGCUCAGGACCUGGGAUGUUGCCACCAGACGUAGGAAAGUUAACCCCUGGCGAAUUGUAUGUGCGGUACGAUAGUUCUAAAUUGGCUUUUAAUCCUGCCAUUCCUGUUCCAAAGCAAAAAUCCACUGCGUCUGAUGGAAAUGGAAAGCACAUUUUUGUUGAUUAUGAAUUGGAAGAGAUGUGCAAUCGUGCACAAAGUAUGAAAUGCAUAGAAGAUGUGCAUUUUAAUUUUCUUUGCUGAUUGAAAAACCUAUAGUUUAAUAAAUGUUAGAUAGAACUAUA